AUGUUAGAGAAACCCCAGAUUCAUUACUUAAGAGUCUCUUAUCUUCGUAUCUUCUUUGAGAAGGUUCACUCAAUCUACCAUGCAAUUUGGCUGCAAAUUUGUUUUGCUGGUAUCUGCUUCAGGUUUCUUGUUGCCCGUGAAUCUCAGCUUUGCGAGUUGGCUCUCGGCAGCAUGGAGUCAUCUCCAACGAUUGCGCAAUGCCUGAGUUUCCUUACUGAUUUUCGCACUCCACCGUCAAUCAUGAAUUCAGUCUGUAAUGGCGAAUCGACGAACCUCUCAGCCAACCCUGCUGAUUCCCGAGUAUGCUAUACACACUUCUACCAGGACCGCCUUCGCAGCUCCCUACUCUCCAUCCGUAUUUCCGAAUUCACAGACACAGGGGCGUCCCUUAUCUCACCUGCCAAAGAACGUUUACUCAAUCGAAAUUGA